UCUUGCCGGUUACUAUUUGGGAAGGAGGAUGCAGAACUUCUGCUAGUUUUUGCUGAAAAACAUUUCGUUUUUAGUUCCUGGUGCCCGAUAAAGGCACCGGUUUUUGCACGCUGUGAUAAGGAGGAGGGCGGGGCCGGGCCGUGAUAACGCAUGCCCGGCCCCCAAUAGGGCUAAUCAGCCGAGGAGAGGGAUAAGUGCAAUGAGAUGUGGCAGUUCGAGAGCGAGAGAGCUAUACCAUUGAACCCUGUUACAUUGGUGCCGAUACCCGGGAAGCCGCAGGCAUCCGCUGGGGGACGGAGGAGUUGCUACCGGCCGCCUGGACGUGGAGGAAAGGCCGCCGUGCGCAAGGGGAGGAGGGGCUCACUGCCGGCUACCUGGAGUGGUAGAGCCGCUGCCAGGGGCGGAGGAGUUCCCUACCGGCCGCCAAAAUGCGGCGGGUUCGGAGGAACGGCCGCCGUCCGCGAGGGGAGGAGGGGCUCACUGCUGGCUACCUGGAGUGGUAGAGCCGCUGCCAGGGGUGGAGGAGUUCCCUACCAGCCUCCGAAACGUGGAGGGGCGUUCCAUCCGCCAGGGGUCGUAGGACUGGCUCCGGUCCGCCCAGGGAGCAGCGGCUGUUGUCCGUUAGAGGGUGGAGGAUUAAUCGAGGACCAGGCGACGGCAUGUUUGGGAACUGGCGAGUCGCGGAAGGCGGGUUCCGGAAGGGCAUCCCAUGGAGAGGGAUAAGUGCAACAAGAUGAGGCAGUUCGGGAGAGAGAGAGCUACAGGCAGCUGCCUUGUAUGCGUUUAUGUUUGUGUGUUUUUGUGUUUGAG